AUGACCAGGGCCGUGACAUACAUCUCUUCCAUCCAGGCCGUGUACCGUCGGUACGGUGCUGAACUGGCUCUCAAUGCCGGCGCGUCCCCGGCCUCCAUCUCCUCGAUGGCCAGCGCCCUGUCCGACAACGACACCCAUUUCGACCUAGAUCCAACACUCGCUGCAAUGUGGUCUAUCACGGACGGCUCCCGGCCAUACCACCCAAUCUUUGCCCGCCCGGGGUUUCUUACCGGUUACGACCUUCUGUCGGUAUCACAGGCGGUAAAUGCACGAGAGACUCAGCGGAGUGUUGCACCUCAGUAUGACGGCUACGAGGAAGAACGACCGCGGGAUACCCGCAUACGCCCGGGUUGGUUUCAGCCUGGCUGGCUGCCGUUUGGCUCGUUUGGGGGCGGCUCGAUGUUGCUCAUCCUGGACUUGAGCCCGUCCGAGGAGGGGAUGCGUGGACAGGUCAUCACCUACACCCACGAUCCGGAUCAGAUUGACUAUGUCGCCAGUGGCUUUAGCGAGUUUUUAAGUAUGUCACGACAGGCGUUUGAGGAGGAGGCGGAGGAGCUGCUGGAAGGGGUGCUGGAUGAGCUGGACACGUAG